UCACGUCCGUGUAGAACAAGAAUAGUUGGUAACCACACCGAUAGAGAAACCGUGAGCCGUUAGCUUAGCCUGGUUCUGGCGUUUUCCGCCCAAACUUCCUGAAAUACAGCAUAAAACUCACAUUCAACAUAGUGACGGGUCACAAGACAUAGAACGGAAAGCGGGUUCUGAAGCGAAGACACCGGUUUUGUCCCAAACUCGGCGCCGACGUAGUUUUAGCUCGAGGCUAACUACGCUAACGGAGUAGAAGAAAAGGGCCGUCAGCACGGAGUUGACCUCGGUCUGAUAUUUUUCUUCAACGGGUAGCGUCUCUUCAUUCUGGCAUAUUUUGGGUUUCCUUAAUCGGGACACGUUUAAUUGAACCACACGACAUCACAGAGAACGGAAUGGCACUAAAAAGGAUUCACAAGGAACUUAAUGAUCUGUCCCGUGACCCUCCAUCACAGUGCUCAGCCGGCCCAGUCGGUGAUGACAUGUUUCACUGGCAGGCCACCAUCAUGGGCCCUAAUGACAGUCCAUAUCAGGGAGGUGUUUUCUUUUUGACUAUUCAUUUUCCAACAGACUAUCCCUUCAAACCUCCCAAGGUGGCGUUCACAACAAAAAUUUACCAUCCAAACAUUAACAGUAACGGCAGUAUCUGUUUGGACAUUCUCAGAUCUCAGUGGUCUCCAGCACUUACUAUUUCUAAAGUUCUACUCUCCAUUUGCUCACUCUUAUGUGACCCAAACCCCGACGACCCACUAGUGCCAGAGAUUGCACGAAUCUACAAAACAGAUGGUCAGAAAUACACCAAAACAGCAAAAGAAUGGACAAUAAAAUACGCAAUGUGAUGUAAUUGUUUUGGGGGGAGGACUGGUAGAUGUCGCUGAUAACAACUUAAACUCCAGGAUUUUUUUUCCCUGCUUUUUUUUUGUUUGUUUGUUUUUGUUUUUUUUGUUAAUCAGAUAAUUUUAUCCUUUCUGCCUCUUGAUUUUUUUUUAUUUUUUUUUUCUUCUCUCCACCUACGUGCUCAUAAGAAGAUGGUGUAGGACACUCACUUUGUUCCUGUCACUUUUGAAAAGACAAAUCAUCAUGGUUCUGAGCACUUGAUCUGAGCAUGUACCACUUGAGAAUAUGUUUUUCAGUCCAGGUUUAGGUCAUUGUUGGUCCAUUACCUCUACACACACUUGGUAGAAUUUGAUUCCUCUGAGUCUCCUGAACAGAACUUUAGUAUGUGAUAUUGCAGGCUGGCUCAGCUCGAUUCAUUGGAUACUAGUUUUGGUAAAUUCUGCCUUUAAAAGUUUCCGAUUAACAAGAAUCAGCCUGAACGCAGUAUAAUCUGGAAACCCUUUAAACAGGUUUGGGGGGUUGGAUUCUCUCCUGAACUGCAGUGAUGUCACAUUUUCUUCUGAUCUUAUUCUGCUCUUAAAGUGUGUGUACAGGAAAGCACAAUGGUAUCUAUGUUGAGGAAAGCAAAAUAUAAAUAAGUUUAAUGUUGUAUUUUAUGCAUGUUUAAUAAAGGUAGGCUGUUUGUCUGUUUCUGACAUGUCACGUGGCCUGUGAGGCUGAGCAGGUGAAGAAGUUUUUGUUGCCCUCAGAGUCUUUUUGGUUUCUCUGGUUUUUAGACGUCACUAGAAAGGCCCAUCAUUUUAUGCCCACUUGAACACUGUCUUCUUGUAGCCCUGACAUUGACGCAAAAGCUCUAAUGGUUGAUACUCAACUUGUGGCCCUGUUUACUUUGAGUUUUCCCUUCAAUAAAGUUACUUAAACUAUAAA